GUUUAGUUUUGAAGUUUUUAAACCUUAUUAUAUUACUUAACAGUGUUCCUAUCUACAGAAACACACAAUUUCUCUUUUUCAAUCCUCCAAAAGUUGCAGUUUUUAGAGAGAUUUCAGCUCAAGAACUCAUCUCAACGAUUGGUACAACUCAAAAAGAUAUGUCUGUUGUAAAUCAACAAUUUUUCAACCCCAUAUGGAAGCCAUGUGUUUCUUCAUGUCCAUUGUUAGCUGCACAGUUUGUUGUGAUGCCAAUGAGUAAUAGAGAGCUUUCUGUUGUUUCCACCAUUGCUGCUGCAAAAUCUACAGCUUCGAUUGGUGAAGGAAAUGAUGAUUAUGUUGAUAUUAGUAGUGGGAAAGCAGCAGCCAAAGGGUCGGGUACUACGGCGAGAGGAAGGAGGUUGUUGAAGGUUAGGGAGGAGAAGAGGAAACGGGAAUAUGAACGCCUUCAUAAUUACCCUGCUUGGGCAAAAGUAUUGGAAGAUGCCUGUAAACAUGAUACAGAGCUUCGUGCUGUGCUUGGUGAUAGCAUUGGCAAUCCAGAGCUUAUGAGGAAAAAGGUCGAAGAGAGAGUUCGAACAAAGGGCCGAAAUUUUCAGAAGUCUAAAACAGGAUCAGUUCUUGCAUUCAAAGUCAGCUUUAGAGAUUUUAAUCCUCUUGAUUCAUACAUAUGGUUUGAACUCUAUGGCUCACCAUCUGAUCGAGACGUUAACAUUUUCGGUAGUGUUAUCCAGGCAUGGUACGUCAUGGGACGUUUAGGUGCAUUUAACUCAUCGAAUUUGCAGCUGGGGGGUUCAUCAUUGGAAUUCAAUCCUCUCUAUGAUGCAGAAAAAGGUUUCAACGUGAUGCCUUCAUCAUUCCAUGACAUAAGUAAUGUUGAAUUCCAGGACAACUGGUCAAGAGUUUGGGUGGAUCUUGGCACAGCCGAUUUCUUCUCAAUCGAUGUUCUUCUCAAUUGCUUAACGGUAUUGAGCUCAGAAUAUAUAGGCAUUCAACAAGUUGUUUUUGGUGGUCAGCGGAUGGGUGAUUGGGAAGAGGGAAUGACCAACUCUGAUGACGGUUACAAAUACUUUGAAAUGGGGGAAAUUUGCACCCAAUUUCUCUCUGAUUUGCCCCAGGUGAAAGAUGAUUCACAGCAUUCUUGGCACAUUGUUUUCAGCUGCUACAAAACUGUCAAUUUCAUUCAGGAAGGAAGCUUUGACAGUUACAUCCACAUUGCAGUUGGCAAUCUUCUAGCAUUUUAUAUUUUGGAGAACAUUUUAAAUCAUUGUGAUAAUAUGGCUGGGGGAAGUCAACCACGCCAAAGUGACAAACCUUCAAUCAGAUACAGGUGUAAUCUACUUGAUGGGGCACUGUUUGAAAUCACUGAUUUAGACCGACAGAGUAAUGCCCCUAUUUCUUCUGGAAAUAAGGAGAACCCUAAAAAUUCUGACUCCGAAUCUUCUAAGAUAAUGAGCACAAGUGAGCUUAUAUCAGCAGUUGGAAGUAUAUGGGAUUCUGCAGCUGGCCCUGUUACACGAAUCCUAUCUAAAGGAAGUUCUAGAUGCAAUAAUACCGAUCACCAAGAAAACAACAUAUUUGGUUACUCCACUGCAGAUAAAAUUUCUGGUGUUUGUUUUUCACCUCCUGAUCACUCAAUACCAGUCAAUUUGGAUAGUGAUACAGAUUCUUCACCUCUACUGCUUGCAAAUGUGGAACGACUAACAGCGAACCAGAAAGUCUCAUUCUUUGGUCCUCUCUUAGGGAGUUCUUCUCUGCAGAGUCUCCUCCAUGACAGAUCUAGCAUGCAUCCAGAAACUCGGAAAGCAAAAGAUUUCGUCAACUAUUUACAGAAUGUGUAUGGUUGGAUGCAUGAAGCAUCCUUACUGAAAUUUAAGCAACAAUUAAAUUGUGCUAGUUUUGGAUGCCCUGAAAACAGAAAAUGUACCGUAGAAGACACGACAAAUAGUCCUUUAAGUUGCUGCUCAGUUGUGGAUACAGUAAAUGCUGAUUGCCAGACUGACAGGGAAGAGCCAAAUGGUUCAUUGUUAAGUCAGAUGGAAAAGCAUGAUGAGAUCGACAGGGUGUCAACAGGCACUUCAUCUAUAAGGCACUAUAAUGAAGUUUUUCAUAACAAAAAGUCAAACACACUAGAGAUUUCACAUUCCGAAAGUAACUCAGUCUUCCAUGAGUACUCGGUCACUCCAAGUUGUUCUGCUAGUGUAGAUGACAAAAUUAAUGCUAAGGAUCACAUAUAUGAUUCUGCCAUUAAUGGAAAAGUAGAACUGGAGGAAGAGCUCAGUUCUGAAGUACAGAGAUCUGUGGCAAAGGAAAAGCCUCUGUAUGCACUUGCAAAACAAGAGCAUGCUUUUGCAGGAGCAAUGGCUGGAAUUUUUGUCAGCCUUUGUCUUCAUCCAGUUGACACAAUUAAGACUGUUAUUCAGUCAUGUCCCAAUGAUCAGAAGCCACUUUAUUAUAUCGGCAGAUCAUUUAUUUCUGAAAGAGGAGUAACAGCACUUUAUCGGGGAAUUUCGACCAAUCUUGCUUCGUCUGCACCAAUAUCUGCACUUUACACCUUUACAUACGAAUCAGUUAAAGGGGCCUUACUACCUCUUUUUCCUAAGGAAUGCCACUCUUUUGCACACUGCUUGGCUGGGGGUUCUGCAAGCAUUGCCACUUCAUUCAUUUUCACUCCGAGUGAGCGCAUAAAACAACAGAUGCAAGUGGGCUCCCACUAUAAGAACUGCUGGAGUGCCUUAAUUGUGAUUACAAGAAGUGGUGGUUUGCCUUCUCUGUAUGCUGGAUGGAAAGCUGUACUCUGGAGGAAUAUUCCACACUCAAUCAUUAAGUUCUAUACAUAUGAAAGAUUGAAGGAGUUGAGGUUAUCAUCAGUUCAACUACGCAACCAAAAUGACACACUAAUGACGCUUGCCUGUGGAGGAUUCGCUGGCUCUACUGCUGCACUAUUCACAACUCCCUUUGAUGUUGUCAAAACAAGAUUACAGACACAGAUUCCUGGAUCUAUGACUCAGUUUGGUGUAUUCGGCACACUUCAAGAAAUUGCAAAACGUGAAGGUUUGAAGGGUCUCUACAGGGGCUUGAGUCCUAGAUUGAUCAUGUAUAUGACCCAGGGAGCACUUUUCUUUGCAUCUUAUGAAUCUUUCAAGAAGAUAUUUUCUUUAGAUAUCCCGCAGACUAAAACCGAAACGGUUCCAUAUGAACAUAAGGAAGAUGAUCAUGUAACGUUGCCUUCACGAAGCUAACAAAGGAAACAUCAGUUCAAGGUAGUGCAUCUUUGCAGCAAUGUUACAAGUGAGCAAGUAUGAUUUUCAAGAUUAACAUGGAUAUCACCAAACAGAUGAUGAAGGAAACUGGAGUGCUAAUAGAAACAUUGUAGGUUGAUUAUCCAUUGAGUUUUGAACCGUUUGUCAGCUAGCCCUACUUCUGUAGUAUGAUGGUAAAACUCUUACUUAUUUGGAAUUGAGGUAUAGUUGAUUGAUUUCGCUGAGUCUGCAACAAUGUAAAUAUUUUUUGUGUAGCCUUAGCUUUAUAACAUUAUUAUUAUUUAAA